AUGGCGAACAUUGUUCAACCUCUCUGCGUUCCUUCUUCGUAUAAAGAUCAACAGUAUCAAGGUACAUCAACAGAUCUUGCCAAAGAUCUUUCAAAUAGCACUACCCUUUAUGUAGGAAACUUGUCAUUCUAUACAACCGAAGAACAAAUAUAUGAAUUAUUUUCAAAAGUUGGUGAAAUAAAGAGGAUUAUCAUGGGACUGGACAAAUUUCAAAAAACUCCUUAUGCAUUGGAUUGUAUGAAAUAUAUCAACAGCACAAAACUAGACGAGCGAAUCAUCAGAACCGAUUUAGACCCUGGCUAUAGGGAAGGAAGACAAUUUGGAAGAGGAAGGUCUGGUGGGCAGGUUCGUGAUGAAUAUCGACAAGAUUUUGAUACAGGCCGCGGGGGGUGGGGUCACGUUCGUGCGCGACAAGAAGCUGAACGAGCGAGACGUCAAAAAGAAGAAUAUGAAGCUAUUACCACAAUUCCUAUCGGCGCUGGAGAAUAUAAAGGAAAAUCAACGGUCACGAAGAAACAUUCCAGAAAUGAGGAAGAUGAGGGAGUCGAAAUCUAUGGUGUUCAAGAGAAGUUCAAGAAUCCUCGGUUUAGAGAAGGCAGAUCUGACGAUGAGGAUGAAAUGCAGACUGAUGCUUGA